AUGUCUAUUGAUAUUAUUUCUGAUGAAAAUUAUAAUAUCAUUCACGCAUUGGAUGAGAAAGACACAAAGAAGUUCUGGCAAAUGAUGAUUAAGUUCAUUCUUGGUACAGAUAUGGCUAGACAUUAUGAUAUUAUCAAGGCAGUUAAAGCAAAAAUUGAAGCUGGUGAGUUCAAUUUGGAAAAUGAAGAAGACAGAAAAUCUGCAAUGGGAUUAAUUAUGAAAGUUGCUGAUAUUUCAAGUGUCGCAAGACCAUUUGAAAUCGCUAAUAAAUGGGUUGAUAUCCUCAAUAAUGAAUACUUCAGACAAGGUGACAGAGAAAAGUCUUCUGGAAUGGGUUUGACAUCGCCACAAAAUGACAGAGAACAUCCAGAUAAACCGAAAUCCCAAAUUGGUUUCUACAACUUUGUUUGUCUGCCAUUGUAUAACACUGUGGCAACCAUAUUCCCUGAACUGCAAGCAAAUGUUGAACAACUCAAAUCCAACUUGGCUGUUUGGAUGUCUCUCGCUGAAAAACAAAAAGCUGAAGCUAAAUAA